UCCCUCUCUCUGACCUCACAAAGAUGGCGGCGGCCAUCAGUAAGUGCGGAAGUUUCGUUACCGCUUCUAGAAAACUGGGAAGUUUACUCUUUAAGUCAGUUUUUAUCGCCCAGACGGCGGCGAGCGGUUACGAAAUGGAGUCGAAUAGGCCGACCAGGCUGGAGUUUGCCGUCCAGAUGACAUGUGAGAGCUGUGCGGGGAAAGUCAGAGCCGCUCUGGAAGGAAAACCCGGAGUGAAGUCUUUCAGCAUCGAUGUCGGUAAAGAGGAGGUGUUGGUGGAGUCGUCUCUGACCAGCGCAGAAGUUCAGGCUCUGAUAGAAAGCACCGGACGCAGGGCCGUGCUGAAGGGCAUCGGGGGAUCAGAGCAAGACCUGGGUGCAGCCGUGGCCAUGUUGGCCGGAGCGGGAUCGAUUCAGGGGGUGGUGCGUUUCCUGCAGCUGUCCAGAGAGCGCUGUCUGAUUGAUGGGACCAUUGAUGGAUUGGAGCCCGGACCUCACGGCCUCCAUGUUCACACUCUGGGGGAUCUCACUCUGGACUGCCUCAGCUGUGGCGAGCACUACAACCCCUUUGGGAGACAACACGGCGGCCCGGCGGACUCUGAAAGGCAUGUAGGUGACCUGGGAAAUAUUGUGGCUGGAGCAGACGGGAGAGCUUCGUUCAGACUAGAAGACAAUCAGCUGAAGGUGUGGGACGUGAUCGGUCGCUCGCUGGUUGUGGAUGCACACGAAGACGACCUGGGCAGAGGCGGUCAUCCCCUCUCCAAACAGACAGGAAACUCUGGUGAAAGGCUGGCCUGUGGGAUCAUCGCCCGGUCAGCAGGCCUUUUCCAAAACCCCAAACAGAUCUGCGCCUGUGACGGGGUCACGCUCUGGGAGGAGAGGGACCGGCCCAUAGCCGGAAAGGGUCGAAGCAAGGCCAACCCGGAGACGCCGGCGGCACACCUCUGAACCUCGGGGCACAAACGCUGAUGACAGUCUGAUCGGUUUGAAGAGAAAAGGAAGGGACGUUUGGGAGGAGGAAGACAGAGCGCUGAGGAGUAUGCUUCCAGACAGCUGGACGGAUGACCAAACAGAAGUGGCCUGAAUUUCUUGAAAAUCAAAAUGCUCGUGAAGUCGCAGUUUGCGUCCCGAGGAGGAUUUUCAAAGCACUUAAGUGGGACGGAACUGAUCAGUCAUCUCUGAUUAGCUACAUGUCUGUUAAUUAUGAUACUAAGCUAGAGCACUAAGACUUGAUGUGUCCAUUUUACCUGGUUGCUGGAUGGGAAUGUCAUGAAAGUUAAUUUAUAAGAAAAAACCCUGCUAUUUGUUAUGUCGUUAACAGUGGGUAUUAUACACUGAAACAUUUAAAUGUUAAUAAGUUCAUUAUAAAAUGGUGUAAUGAAGAA